AUGACAGACUGGUCGAAACUCACUGUCGCAAAGCUCAAGGAGGCAUGCGCCGAACGCGAUGUCUCCAUUACGGGCUUGAAGUUGAAGCAGCAGUUUGUUGACAAGCUCGCAGAAUGGGAAGCCGCACAGGGCGCUCCCAAGGAGGCUGAAGCGCAAGAAGAAGGUGCGCAGACAGACGGCAAGGGCGACCAGGUCGAACCAAACGGUCAUGCCAACGGCGCAAGUACUGCUGAGGCAGGACCGGCGCAAGGAGGACUUCCCGAGACAAAUGGCGCUGCGCAUGGCGAAGAUCAUCAAGCUGCUGCUGUUGAACCACCCGCGGAAGUCGACUUUGCUCAGCCAGAAACGACGCAGGAAGCUACAACGGACAUGGCUCCGGUGGAGACCGCACCAGACGCUGUUGGCGACGAGCAACAUGCCUCGACCGCGCCUCAAGCACCGACCGAGACCAGCACAGAUGGUCAGUUCGCCGAAAACACCACUACACAAGCACCCACAGAGAAGGAUGCCUCCAUGCCGCCUCCAACUGGGCAGAGCACUCGUAGCUCAUCCAUUUUGACGCCCGCAGAGGCCCAGGAGGACUCUCGAAAGCGCAAGAGACGAAGCGUCACACCGCCACCGCGAGCAGAAGAAGUUGCACUCAAGCGAGUGAAGGCUAAUGAUGGUUCGCCCGUCCUCCGCAUGAACGAGGAGAAAGGAGAACAACAAGCUAUGGAUGCAAAGGUUGAUUUAGAUGCCAACGCGAGUCCCACAGAGGCCGCCCCGGAGAGCUCACAGAGUAGAAAGAGAAGACUCGGAAGCGUCACACUGCCAGAAGAGGCAGAUGACUUUGUUGAGAAACGGGUCAAAGCCAACGAUGGCACGCCGGUUUCCCGCGUGGUCGAGGAGAAACAAGAAGAGCAGAAGGCAAUCGAGGAAGCUGGCGUAGAUGCUGACGCUGGUCCAUUGGCACACACCAACGAGCCUCGACUCAGCAACACUAGUGUUGCCGCCAGGUCGUUCACUCAGAGUCCCCCACAACAGAAAAAGCAGGCUCGAUCACCAGAACCAGAAGGAGACCUCGACCAUGAUGUCGGCCCUUCGAUGCACCCAGCAACUGCUGCAUUGUACAUCCGUAACUUCAAGCGCCCAAUUCGAUCACCAGAUUUGCAAGCAUACAUCAGCUCGAUUGCAAAACCGUCAGAUCCCGACUCCAAUCCAGUCAAGUACUUCUAUCUCGAUUCGCUGCGCACACAUGCCUUCAUCAUCUUGGACUCUAUCUCUUCCGCCUCGCGCGUUCGUGCCGCAAUGCACAAUACGCGAUGGCCAGACGAGCCUACGAGGGAGCCUCUUUGGGCAGACUUCGUCCCGGAAGAUAAGGCCGAAGCAUGGGCAAACCAGGAAUUAGACUCUUCCACCGGCAACAACUUCGGUGGGGCCCGCAGCGCUCCUGCUAAGCGGUGGGAGAUUGUCUACCCCAAGGACGCUGAAGGAGUCGUCACUGCUGUUCUACAAGAUGCGAACGCACCAGGCUCAAGACGACAGGACUCAUACACUCAACAGUCGACUCCACAACGUGGAAGCUUCGCCCCGCCAACAGGCCCACGACAACUCUCGUACUCAAAUGCAGGCGCUGCUGCUCCGGAUGUCGCAGGUGUGCAUCCAGAUAGAGCUGCUAUGCUUCCUCGUGACCGCAGUCCGGCUCGAAAACCAUCUGAAGCCGAUCGUGCUCAAGCAGAGCGCAAUUUCGCACCUCUCAACUCGCUAGUCGGCCACGAUGGUAUGGGCAAAAGUGGACAGCGUGACAUGAAGCGAUAUAGCUUUGAGAAGGAUGAUCAAGGCAAAGGCGAGUAUUGGGUGGACAAGGGUCCCGAAUUCGGCUUUGGCCAACGCGGUCGAGAGCGUUUAGCUGGUGAUGAUGGUCGGAGAGGCGGCGGGUACGGCGGAGGCAGAGGCGGUGGGGGUCGUGGAGCCCGCUACGGCUCGCACUCGCCUCCACCAAGAAACCGUAACGGCGGUGGUGGUGGCUACCAGGACUGGGACGCGCCGCCUGUGAAUAGGCGUGGAGGCCGCCCUGGUGGUCGAGGCGGUGACUCUUCGAAGAAGUUUUCUGAUUCUCGCGCCCAGCAUUUCAGGCGGAUCAGACACCUAUUCACUGGGGCAGAGAAAAGCUGGAGUCCAGGUAUCUCCAUCCCCAAGGACCGUCCCGAUGAAAUUCUACCAGACAGCACGCACAAGAUGCUCCUCAUUGCCAUGGUUUGCCUGUCUAAGCGGCAUUCACCAGAGGAGGCUGCACAGUGGGAGCGCUGGCAACUGGAGCAUGGACGGCCGCAGGCGAUGGAGGAGGGCCAGCGAUAUCCGACCUGUUGUGGGGGAGCACUGACGCUGCAUGAGUACGGCUACGACUGUGCUUGUGCGGUCAAAGAGCAGAGCAUGCCGCUUUCGAUGAAAAUAUUCUCUAACGCGCAGGAUGUCAUCGAAGCUGGGGCUUGGAUCUGUGAUGGUGGGAACGUGGCUGCUGAGGCUGCGCCUGCUGUUGUGGCACGGGAUACUUCUUGGAAAGAUGAUCAUCUGGCUGAUUGA